AUGGUGGAUCCUACUCCACGAAGCGUUAAAUCUGUAAAAAGUCGUCUGGAUACAAUUAAACAAGGCGAUGAAGCUCAGCAUAGUGUGUCUAAAGUGCAAUCACACUUUUUGGUACCAUCAGACAAAUUGGAUAAAAUAACUCGACGUGUGAUAGCGCCAUAUGCGGAAAUAGAACGAAAGGAUGUUAAGGAAGAGGUGAGAGAAGGACCUUACUUGGAUAUAAAUAGAUUUAAUGUGUUCCUAGAGGACACAGUUGAUCUUAACUCAUUAUUAUAUGAAACAGCUAAUGUUUUAAAAGCUGUUACGAAUAGUUCAGGCGUGUUUGUAUACAUUGUUGAUCCGAUUAAAAAUGAGAUUGUUUUGAUGACCCAAAACACAAAAAAUCCUGAAAGGCAUGAAGUUAAUAUACCUAUAGAGGAAGAUAAAAUAGCAUCAGCACACGUUGCCUUUACUAAAGAAUACCUAGUAAUAGAAGACGUGCAAAGGGAUCGUCGAUUUUCGGAGGGUCUGAAGUGGGUAGACGCAAAAGUGGCGCUGUGUAUGCCAGUACUUAAACCAGAUGGCGACUGCUACGCUGUGCUAGAACUGUUUAGGACGCAUUGUGAACCUUACGAUCAUAACAUAAUAUACACUGUGGUAAGUGUGGCGUGCUGGUCGGGCGCUGCCGUGCAUCAGGCUCAAGCAAGGAUCACUCUCCAAAAGACAGCUCAUCUUAACAGCGAGCUUAGAACGUUGCUACACAAUUACUUCUGUGAUCUCGCUUCUAUUGAUACGAUGCUCACUGAUAUGCUGGCGGUGAUAAAAUCCUUUAUUGGCGCUAUGAGAAGUAGUUUCUUUAUCAUUGACCGGGAGCAUAUAGGUGAACACCUGCAAGCAGAUAUGUGGGAUGAUGGUUGGAGUUCGGAGAAUACCACCAUGCCUCGUAGGAAGAUGAAAGUUAACUUAAGCCAAGAACAGACACCAGCAGGUCUAGUCGCUCGUACAGGUCAGGUACUGAACCUACGCGAUGUGUACCGCGACCCUCGGUUUACGAAAGAAAUAGAUCCCACCACUGGGACAGUUGUCAGAACGAGCCUUGUUGCCCCCAUUAUGGACAAAAAUGGGGUUAUUGGUGUGGUCCAACUAACAAAUAAAACAAAUGCCCAGCCAUUUGACACUGACGAUGAGAUGAUAUUCAGUGUUUUUGUUAACUAUUGCUCACUCAUAGUUCAUUUCUACAAUAUGCAGACCAAGAAAAUAUACCAUGAAAAUCUUAAUAAGGUUUACUCAAAUCUGAUGGGUUUGCAUCUCUUACCGUGCAGACAUGAUCUAGAGGAAUUGAUGGAAACUAAUGGAGUUGUUCUACCACCGCCCAACUUCAAAAGUUACAAUUACCACAUAAGCGAAGGCAGCAAAGAAGACAUGCCCGGCCUAGUUUGCUCCAUGUUUGUGGAAACUUUUGCUGACCGUAAUUUCGAAAGACAAAACUUAGCUGAUUUUGUGCUGACCGUACUUUUGUCUUAUCGGGACAAUCCCUACCACAACGCGGAACACGCGUUUGUCUUUACACAUACCAUGUAUUUGAUGUUGGUUAAUAAUACAGGAUAUUUUGAUUUUGUUGAGACUGCAGGUCUGAUGCUGGCUGGCCUGUGUCAUGACCUGGAUCACCCUGGCUUUAAUAAUAAUUAUCUGCAAUUGACGCGUCACCCCCUCGCUAGUAUGUACCGCUCUUCAACGCUGGAACACCACCAUUACUUUCUCGCUAAGAAGAUUAUCGAGGACAAAAAUCUUUUAUCCAAGCUUUCGAUAGCGGACCGCGAAAGGAUAAUGCUAGAAUUAAAAUAUAAUAUCCUCUGCACGGAUUUGGCGGUUUAUUUUCAGGUUCGCGCGCAAAUAACUCCUCUUUUGACGGAUUGUGCAUUCGACUGGACAAAUAACUCUCAUAGGAGGAUGCUUAAGGGCAUAUUAAUGACGACAAGCGAUUUGUCUGGUUCGUGUAAACCGUUUGGGGUGGCUAAAGCAAUUUCUGAGGCCGUAUACGAAGAAUUUUAUAAUCAGGGUGAUAAAGAGCGGGCACUAGGCUACACUCCCCUAAGCAUGAUGGACAGGCGCCGGUACCUCAACCAGCCUCCCGAACAGAUACAAUUUCUCUCAGUGGUUGUCAUCCCAUGCCUCAUGAUUGUUCAAACUGUAUUUCCCAAUACAGGCCCGCUGCUUGAGAAUUGCAGAAAAACUCAAGAGGCGUGGCACGAAGAGAUCGCAAUACGCGGACAAAAAUUGUGGCGACAAAGCGUUUCCGUGCCUAGAGCCAGUCGAAACCUAUUUCACGCUAAUACUGACACAGCAACUAAUUAG